UACAGGUACCUGUAUAUAUUGCAGAAAUAACACCUAAAAAUAUUAGAGGUCGAUUUGUAGUGACUCUUCAGUUGAUGAACUGUUCUGGCCUCUUGGUAGUUUUUUUCCUUGGAAACUUUUUUUCAUGGCGCACCGUGUCUCUAUUAGCUAUAAUUCCAUGUUUAAUGCAAGUUGUCGGUUUAGUCUUCAUACCAGAGUCUCCAAGAUGGCUAGCAUCAAUUGGCAAGGAAAUAGAGUUUGAAGAUGCUUUGCGACGGCUUAGAGGAGUGGAUGCCGGUUUUUCUCAAGAAGCUAUUGAAAUCAAAGAUGCUACAGAGAAUUUCCAACGCAGUGAAGCUGGAUUUCAAGGCUUGUUUCAAAAGAAAUAUGCUUAUCCAGUUAUGAUUGGAGUAGGGUUAAUGUUACUUCAACAAUUGGGAGGGAACAGUGUGUUUGCAGCUUAUCUUAGCACAGUGUUUGCUAAAGCUAGUAAGUCUCUCUCUUAAAAUAUAUGAACAUCUGAUCAUUGAUUAUUAACUUACAAGGAACUAAUGCAAAGAGAAAUCCCA